UCCAAAAGCAGAUGAAGGUGAAGCUCGAUAUCAACACUAUAUAGAUCGAAGGUAACUCCCGGUGACUGUAGUAGGCUUGUUUACUUGACCGUUUCGAACUAUGCCAUAUAAGCUUAACAUGGCGGCGGGGGUGUAGGUAAGAGGAAAGUUUCUUGAAGGACAAGAUUUUAAGUUCACCGAGAUCUCCCGCACCUUUCGCUUUUUCCCCACAACAGAUCAAUCUCACAUCCUCUCAUCACCAAACAAACCGCCAGCAAAAAUGUCGGAUGUUCAGGAGCGUUUGAAGAAGCUGGGCGCCUCGGCCCGUAUCGGUAUUGGCAAGGGUACUCCCCGCAGAAAGGUCAAGAGAGCGCCUGCCCGCUCCGCUGGCGAUGACAAGAAGCUCCAGGCCACCCUCAAGAAGGUCAAUGUUCAGCCCAUCCAGGCCAUCGAGGAGGUGAACAUGUUCAAGAGCGACGGCAACGUCAUCCACUUCGCCGCCCCUAAGGUUCACGCCGCUGUCCCUGCCAACACUUUCGCCAUCUACGGCAACGGUGAGGACAAGGAGCUCACUGAGCUCGUCCCCGGUAUCCUUAACCAGCUCGGCCCGGACUCCCUCGCUUCCCUCCGCAAGCUUGCCGAGAGCUACCAGAACAUGCAGAAGAACGAGAAGGACGCUGAGGAGGAUGAUAUCCCCGAUCUCGUUGCCGGCGAGAACUUCGAGAGCAAGGUCGAGUAAAUUACAAAAAAAUAAAAUACUCCCUCUCUCUGUUUGAUUCCCCCAAAGCGCGGGUUUUCCUAUCUUCAUAUUUGCGGUGACAUUUAUCAUGGCGUGCUGCGUUGGGGAAAUCACGGGGUCUCUUCAACCCGUCCUUUAGUUGUUCAAUGUCUUCUCAUGAUGGCAUAUGAAUCUAUGUGAAGCUGGGAAAUGCUCUUCGGGCGGCAAUGUUGCUCUCAUCUUUCAGCU